GGUAGCGUCGUUACUAGUGAAUUAUGAGCUAUAUAAGAACCUUUGAUUUGGAAAUUUAAUGUUUUCAAUAAUACGUAAGAAGUGUUUUUAAAUAAUUAAUACUAUAACCUUAAACAUUUCAGGCUAAAUUUCAAAAAUAAGGUAGCUAGCUGAAAUAGCGAUUAACUGAACAGUUUAGAAUGUCACACAAUCAAAACUGUUUCCGUGAUCAUUUUUGUUAGGCCUAAGGUUAUCCAUUUUCCGGGAAUGAAUCUUGUAAAUAAUAGAAGCUUAAUUAAGAGUUUACACAUUUAUUUAUUGAGAUAUGUCGGAAGAGAAAAGGUGGCCAUUAUCUGUACGUGAUAUUUCUAAUGGUAAAGAAAAUAACCCUGUUUCUUUUGUAAAUGAACUUGACGAUGAACAAUUGCCCAUAUUUACGUAUACAGCACAAAAUGUAGCAGGAGAAGGAGCAGCUGAUGAAGAUUUUACCACAACUUAUGAAGGAUGUGCAUGUAAGAGCACAAAAUGUGAUAGUACAUGUCCUUGUAUAACACGGUUUGGUGAGAACUAUUCUGCUGAAGGAACUCUACUGCUUACAUGUCACAAAAAACCGGUUGUGGAAUGUAAUUUGUUAUGUACCUGUCCAUUAAACUGUACCAAUCGGGUUGUUCAGAAAGGUCUGCAGUAUGGUUUACAGGUAUUUAAAACUAGAGAAAAGGGAUUUGGUGUAAGAACACUUCACUUUGUUCCUAAAUCCCACUUUGUGUGCGAGUAUGCUGGGGAAGUCAUAUCACUUGAGGAAGCAAAGAAACGCAUCCCUACCAUCAUGUCCAUGGACUGUAACUAUAUCUUUGUAUUAAAAGAACAUGUGAAAAAGGGAGAAAUUUUACAUACAGUGAUUGAUCCAACAUAUACAGGUAACGUAGGUCGUUUCAUCAAUCAUUCAUGCAGUCCAAAUCUUUUGAUGGUCCCAGUUAGAACACACUGUGUACUUCCUCAACUGUGCUUGUUUUCUUCUCGGGAUAUAUAUCCUAUGGAAGAGCUCUGUUACAAUUAUAGUAGUAGUAAUCUAGAGGGUCAACAGUGCAUUCGUGAAUCACGAGACUUGAUAAUCAACAGAAAGCCAUGUUACUGUAAUUCUUCCACGUGUGAAGCAGUACUACCCACAGAUCCAUUUUUAUUUAAUUAGCUUAUCAGAUUUUGUAUAGCAUGUUUUUUAUUACAAAAAAAAGGAGUAUUAGUGCAAAAAAUGUUUCUUUGUGACUUACUGCAGCAAUGAUAAAAUAGGAUGGUGUUAAGAAGAAGAAGACUUUCCAUAUGAACUGUUAUCCAUACAAUGUGAUAUAAGACUGUGAAGUUUAAUUGCCUUUUUAGUAGUUUUCAUACAAGUACCCCAAAAUAUUUCCAUUAAUAUAUACAUAUUUCAUAAAAUUUGUGUUCUAGACAGGUUUUUUUUGAACAAAAUAUGUUUCCAAGUUUUGUUACACCAUCUCAACCUAAAUGUGACAGUAACUACUUAACAUUAUUUCUGUUGCCUCUUAAAUUUUCUUCAAGGUAUAAUUUUCAGAAAUUUAGCUAAAUUAGCAGCACCUUUUUUUUUUCAUUAUAUAUUUUUUACUUUUGUAACAAUAUUCAUUUUUGUAAUGAUUACCAACAGGGAUAGAAAUAAUGAAAUAAAAUUACAUUCACUCAAGGGAAGCCUAUCAGGAAGAUAACGUUCCCUUGUGUAAAGCAGCAUUUCCUUAUGAAUUGUUUGUUUGUUUUAUUUAA